CACAUGAGAGCGGAAUCAAAAGUGGAAACCACAGAAGUGUGACGUCACGGAGGAGAAAAGGCUAAAUAGAGCGAGAUGAGGAAACUCAGCAGAGAGAGAUGGAGGUGAAGCUACAGCGCUGUGUUCUUCUGCUCCUCAUUCAGGGUUCAGUUGCUGCCUUCCAGCGUCAGACCGUAUGGAAGGGGCAGACGGUGACUUUCAGCUGCCCUGGAACAAAGGUGGAUGGCAGCACCCUGGAGUGGACAGACCCACGUGGAGUCAAAAUGUUUGAUCACUCUCAUGCUCUGACCAACCCGCGCUACACCAUCAUUGAACGCUCCAAGAACAAGUUUGCGUUCACUAUAUCCGACGUCAACUUCAAAGAUGGAGGAAACUACACCUGCUCUCGGCACAGCAGUUGUCUGAAGCGGAAGGUGGUGGAGGUGGUAGUGUUAGGUAAACCAAAAAUGAGAAUCACAAGGGUUGGAGGAAAGACUUAUGUUCACUGCAGUGCUGAAGGAAGUCACCAGCCACCUCACAUCUCCUGGAAGUUUAAUAGUGGACCUGAGUUCUCUGGGAGCCAUCAGGUCACCCGCCGAGGUAAAAAGUACGUCUCCACUGACGUUUUACGUGUGAAAGCAACUAAUCGGGCAUCGGAGUUGAGAUGUUUCGCGCAACAUCCAUCACUGCCGUCACAGACUGUGAUGGAUUCUGUCACGGUCGUCCGAAAACCAUCCAAGGCCGCUGCCAGAUCUCAGACGAGAACCACAUCCGAUGCAACAACAGCAAAAAUGGACAGCACAGCAACAGAGUUGACCUCACUGCCUCCUGAAGUUUCCUCAAACUCUCCACCACUCUCCACCACUCAUGACUUUCCAACCACAAGUCUUAACGCCAACUAUCCUGUGGAAACUUUCACCUCAUUCUUGUUUUCGACUCGGCCAGCCUUUGCUUCGACUCUGCCGGUCACUGAAAACAACAGCACUGGAGCAAACGCCACAGAUGAAACAUUUGUCUCUGAAACCACGCAUGGAAUCAUGUCGAAUGUCACUGGGCAGGCGAAUGACACAGACAGUCAUAAUAACCAGCAGAAGUACGUGGAAGCCUCGAAUAAUUCAUCUCUAUUGAUCUUUCUGGUGACGUGCCUUAUUCUGGCUCUACUUGUGACCGUCAUCUUUAUUGCUGUCAAGCUGAGGAGAGCCCAUAUUACAUGGAAGAAAGACAAUGAAGUGUCCGACCCAUCAGAGGAAAGCAGUAAAUCAAAGACCAGCCAGGAGGAGAAGAACUCACAAAAUAUCAGACAAAAAGGGCCCUACAACACACCCUUCACUCUGUACCGAGUGGAGAGUCCAUCUGCUCCGGCCGAAACUGAAAUGACAGAAACAGAAGAAGAGGAUCAAGCUGUGACAAACACUCCUCCUUCAACCAAAGCUGAUGUCAAGGAGACAGAACUGUAACCAUCAAACACAGACAGCUUCACUCUCA